CAUUUGAAUACUACUUUAGAUACGGAUCGCGCAGUCCACUUAUGUCUUUGAAGAAAUCUAAAGUUUCUUCAAAUAACCUUCGUAAUUGAAUAGCGGUGAUUAUUGAGCGAUUAAACAACCACUGAGAUGUGUUAAAUGGUCAGAUGUGGGAAUAGUCUAAUCAAGUUUAUGGAUACGACGUAAUCGUGUUGUCAAAAGCGUGCGAGGUGACGAAGUUUGAUCAAUUGUUUAUCACGAGGUGAAUAUUUCGCUAAUUGUUUUUCGAGUGUCUCGGCAUCUUUGUUUCGCAGCUGCAACAAUCGUCGAGCAAUGGAAAAGCCAGUGUCGUCUGACAUAGUCAUCAUUUCGGGCAAUUCUCAUCCGGAACUGGCAAAUCUGAUUGCAAGUCGCUUGGGUGUGAAACCUGGUGGUUGUGCUGUGUAUCACAAGUCCAAUCGUGAGACAAUGGUGGAGAUAGGGGAUUCUGUACGUGGUAAAGACUUAUAUCUAAUCCAAACUGGUACAAAGGAUGUAAACAAUAACAUAAUGGAGCUUCUCAUCAUGGCCUAUGCAUGUAAAACAUCAUCAGCCAAAAAUAUUAUUGGAGUGAUUCCAUAUCUACCUUAUUCCAAGCAGUGCAAAAUGCGUAAACGUGGUUGCAUAGUAUCCAAGCUUUUGGCAAAGAUGUUAUGCACGAGCGGCCUAACUCAUAUUAUCACCAUGGAUCUCCAUCAGAAAGAAAUCCAAGGAUUCUUUGAUGUUCCAGUGGAUAAUUUGAGAGCUAGCCCAUUCCUAUUGCAGUAUAUUCAAGAAUCCAUUCCUGACUAUCAUAAUUCUGUGAUCGUUGCAAGAAAUCCAGGUAGUGCGAAGAAAGCGACUAGCUAUGCUGAAAGACUGCGCCUGGGAAUUGCAGUGAUUCAUGGAGAACAGAGAGAAGCUGAAUCAGACAUGAACGAUGGUCGCUAUUCGCCACCUGCGCUAGCAUUGGCCGCACGUACGAUGGAGGUUGGCGUUGGUGUACCUUUGCAUCCAGCUAAGGAAAAACCACCUAUAAGCGUUGUUGGAGAUGUCGGAGGACGUAUCGCUAUUAUGGUGGAUGACAUGAUAGAUGAUGUACAAUCGUAUGUAGCAGCUGCCGAAGUUCUUAAAGAGAGAGGAGCUUACAAAAUAUACGUCUUAGCUACACAUGGUUUACUCAGCUCGGACGCUCCUAAACUCAUCGAGGAGUCUCCUAUUGACGAGGUCGUUGUAACCAACACGGUUCCUCAUGACGUGCAGAAGAUGCAAUGUCCAAAAAUCAAGACUGUUGACAUCAGUAUUCUUUUAGCAGAGGCAAUUCGACGUAUACAUAAUAAGGAGUCGAUGUCGUAUCUGUUUAAAAAUGUAACUUUGGAAGAUUAGAAAUUAGACGAUUGCAUAUGAAAAGUUACACAGUUUAAUUAUGAAUAAAUGACGAUUGAAAGUCACGUAAGAUUCAAUGCCGGGGACCAUGUCCAAAAUACAUAUCCGUCUCUUAAUUUUCUACACUAUUUUUAUAUUUCUCCAAUUUAUGAAAUAACAGUGAACGUAUAAAUUAGUCCCUUACGUUCAUCAGAAAGAAACUAAUCAUCUAAAUGUUUUAAUAUAUAUUUCCUUUGUAGUCAUCUUUUCUCUAUAGUACAUAUUAAAGUAAUAUAAAAUAAUCAAUUAUGAGGGCGCGCAUAUGCGCGCGUAUUCAAAUACGAGAUAUAGUUGCAUAAUAGAAAUUGUACAAUUUUAGAAUUUUAGAAAUUCUGUAAAGUCAUUAUAGACGUGUAUUCUGUGCUUAUCAGUGAUCUAGUUCUAAUUUUAUUGUAUGAUUAAAAAUGUAUUUUAGAUCAAGACAUAAUAAAUA